CUCCCGGAGACCCGGGCCCCUUCUUACCCCAGCCCGGGGAGAGUAUGAGGUUGGGGUCCUCGACCCUGCUGAUCCACGCCGGGCCUGGAGCUAACCCAGCCCACCUGGUCCCCCCCUCGGGCGCGGGACUCGCCGGAUUGCGGGCACCCCAUCCCCAGCCCACCCGGCACCGGUGAGCUGGCGGGGUCCGGAGAACGCCGGCUUCAGUUCCUGGGAUCACUCUUCACCCCUUCACCCCCGACAGGCCAGUGGAUCCGGAGAACCGAGGCCCAGCGCUCAGCCUAGGCCCGCUUCUUCCCGGGCAGCCCUCGGGCGUGCUCCGUGUCCUGGGGGUGGGCGGGAAGGGUGGGACCCCAGGGCGCGCCGAGCCCAGCGGAGCGCGGGAGAGAAGGAGUUAAACAAGAAAAAACAAGAAAAACAAAAUCCAAGUUCUCACAAAGAGCUGCAGCCUUCAUUUAUGCUCCCUAAGAACAUUCACUAUCAUCUGUUGUCACCAUCAUUUCACAAAAGCAAGUACAUUUUAAUUCUCCUCAAAAGAAAACAGACAUCAUCUGAAUCAAAAGCAGAUACUCCUGGGAGCUUCCCUGGUGGUGCAGCAGUUAAGAAUCCGCCUGCCAAUGCAGGGGACACGGGUUCGAGCCCUGGGCCAGGAAGAUCCCAUAUGCCACGGAGCAACUAAGCCCGUGGGCCACAACUACUGAGCCUGCGCUCUAGAGCCCACGAGCCACAACUACUGAAGCCCGCAUGCCUAGAGCCCGUGCUCCGCAAUAAGAAGGCACCGCGAUGAGAAGCCUGCGCGCCGCAACGAAGAGUAGCCCGCACUCACCGCAACUAGAGAAGCCCGAGACCCCGCACAGCCAAAAAUAAAUAAAUAAAUUUAAAACAAAAAACAAAAGCAGUUACUCCCAAGAAAGGACAGUCCUUGACUUUCCACCAAUGAAUACACAUUCCUUUUUUUUUUAAAUCGUGCUGUGGACUAGCAAAAAUGUCGCACUGGGGAUGCCUCUGCUUCUAAUGCAUCCAAAACAUUUGAGGGCAGAACCCAAAGGAAUGGGCUUAGGUAUAUAUAGCAAGAGGGAGUUAGGUUAGAGCCAAGAAAGAACUCUCCUUCUUUGGAGAUCUUUAAAGAGCAGGUAAAUAUACACAGAGAGGAACAUGCAGAUGCUGGGAAAUGAUGGAUUUGCCUUGAGACUCUGCAAAACUUUGUAAGGUACUUGCCUCUUCAUCCUGUGAUGGAAGCGGGGAGGCCCUGCCUGCAGAAACGCCCCAAGGCUCAGAAGUGGAUCUAUGGUGAAGAGAUCAAAGAUGGGGGGACCAGGGAAGUGAGGGAACAGGGCUGCCAGUGGGCACACCCCAACCCCCCCCAAAACUUCCAAAGGCCCCCGUCCAUAAAUUGGGCCUCUGCUGCCAUCUAAUGGAGGAAAGGUAGCCUCUGGAGCCGCCUGCUGGGGCCCCACCAACCUGGCUCCCCUAAAAAAGAGGGAUGUGAAGGACCUUCCUGCCCACAGACCUUUUAUUCCCCUGGAGUAUUAAGCUUUGUUUCCUGCAGCCUCUGAAGCUCCCUGGCUGCCCCGUUUCCCGACCACCACCCUCCAUCCCACUGUUCCCCCAGUUUCCUUUGUUGCCCAGGUUCUGAUUCUGGUGCCCUGGUUCCUGGCCCUGCUAGAGUUCUGGUUCCGGAAGGCCUUUGCUAGGUGCCUCGGGCAUGUGCUGCAUCCCCCAGUGCCUGGGGCAAAUGGACAUCUGCAAAGGUGUAGUGAGCCUGGCCACAGCCGCUGGGGCCAUCUACCUGCUCUACAAGGCCAUCAGGGCCGGCAUAAAAUGUCAACCACCCCUCUGCUCUGCCUCACCCAUCUGCGUCGCCCGCCUGGCAAUCGAGCGAGAGCAGCGCGGGCGGGACUCAGGUGAACUCCGGAGGCUCCUCAACUCCUUGGAGUGCAAACAGGAUGAGUACGCCAAGAGCAUGAUCCUGCACAGUAUCACGCGCUGCGUGUACUUGCUGGAGUCCGAGGCCUCUACAUGUACUAAUGAUGACAUCACGUCGGUGGGCUCCAUGCUGGAUGACAAGGACAACAGUGUCAAAAUCCAAGCUCUGAACACACUUAAAGCUUUCUCUGGCAUCAGAAAAUUCAGGCUGAAAAUCCAGGAACACUCCAUCAAGGUGCUGGAACUGAUCUCCACCAUCUGGGACUCGGAGCUGCACAUUGCAGGCCUCAGACUCCUCAACAACCUCCCACUGCCUGACUUUGCACAUCCACAGCUGCGACGGGUGAUGCCUGCCUUGAUGGAGAUCCUGCAGUCAGACUACAUUCUGGCACAGGUGCAAGCCGCGCAAUUGCUGAGCAACCUGGCGCAGAAGAACGACCUUCUCUAUGAUAUUCUCAACUGCCAGGUACACUCCAACUUCCUGAACCUGUUCCAGUCCGCACAGCCCGGGAGUCUGCUGCAUGAAGUACUGGUGUUUGCAGAGCGGCUGAGUGAGGGCCGGAGUUCACCCCACUACCGCGCCGUGAAGUGGCAUUACAAUGAACAGUCUGUGCACGAAGCUCUCUUUGGGGAUGACUCACGACUGGCAGACCGGCUGCUUGCCCUGGUCAUCCACCCCGAGGAGGAUAUUCAGAUCCAGGCCUGCAAAGUCAUAGUCAGCCUGCAGUGCCCCCAGGAUGUGGGAGUCCGGCCCUCCUGCCCGCCCAGUCAUUCCUGCUUUAAUAAUGCGGAAUAAAAUUAUGGAGAGCCAAUAAA